CCUUCCCUUCAUUCAAUGGGUCGGAGAGUUAUGCUUAAUGUUUAUGUAGUUCGAACAGGCAGCUGUGGGUUGGGUGAACCGUAGGGCCAAAAAGUUGAUCAGCGGUGUCGUUGUUAUGUUGCUUUUUUAGAUUUUAAGGCCGACGUCAGUCUUCACAUCGUGAUCUCUUGUAGUUUUGCCUUAAGUGAGUAAUGAGGAGAGAAAAAUAUAUUUCCCCGAACAUCAGCGCACAACGAGAAGUCCAUGGAUACAGAAGACGGGAGAAGGAGAAGGACGAGGAGCGUUCGGACGUGCAGGAAAGCCGGAGCAGAAAGCGGUAAAAUGAAGAGGGAAGUGGACAAAGUUCUUAGAUCUUUGUCUGUGGGGAACUCUGAGGACCAUAAUGUCCCCGUGGAGGAGGACUGUCUUUACGGGAACUUGUUCCGAAGCGAGAAUUUGGAACAGAGGACCGUGGCGCCGCGCUAUAGCCUCUUGCGAGAGAUCGGAAGGGGCAGCUAUGGCGUGGUGUACGAAGCCAUAGCGCGGAAGUCGGGCGCAAGGGUGGCCGUGAAGAAGCUUCGCUGUGACGCCCCCGAAAACGUGGAGCUGGCCCUCGCCGAGUUCUGGGCUCUGGCGAGCCUAGAGAAGCGACACGAAAACGUCGUGCAGCUGGAGGAGUGUGUGCUGCAAAGGAAUGGUAUGGCUCAGAAAAUGAGCCAUGGCAACAAGAGGUCCAAGCAGUACCUCCGGUUAGUGGAGACCUCUCUAAAAGGAGAACGAGUGUUGGGCUACCCAGAGGAGCCAUGCUACUUGUGGUUCGUGAUGGAGUUCUGCGAGGGUGGAGACCUCAAUCAGUUCAUCCUGUCCCGCCGGCCAGACCCUCGGACUAACAAGAGCUUCAUGCUGCAACUCACUAGUGCUGUGGCAUUCUUGCACAAGAAUAAUAUCGUACACCGGGACCUCAAACCUGACAAUAUCCUGAUCUCGGAGAAGUCAGGAGCACCUGUACUCAAGGUGGCGGACUUUGGGCUGAGCAAGGUUUGUGCGGGUCUGGGUGGCGUAGGCAAAGGGGAGGACAAGAAUAAGGACAUCAAUGUGAACAAGUUCUGGCUGUCUUCAGCUUGUGGAUCUGACUUCUAUAUGGCACCGGAGGUAUGGGAGGGUCACUACACAGCCAAAGCAGACAUCUUUGCCCUGGGCAUCAUCAUCUGGGCCAUGCUGGAGAGGAUCACCUUCAUUGACGCGGAGUCCAAGAGGGAGCUGCUCGGAACAUAUAUCCGGCAGGGCACAGAGAUCGUCCCGGUCGGGGAGGCGCUGCUGGAGAACCCAAAGAUGAUCCUCCACAUUCCCCAGAAGCGGAGGAGCUCCAUGUCAGAUGGGAUUAGGCAGCUCCUGCAAGACAUGCUGGCCGUAAAUCCCCAGGAUCGGCCUGACGCCUUCCAGCUGGAGAUCAGAAUGGACCAGGUUACAUGUGCUGCUUGACCGUUAGAAGCCGAACGAUAGCGGACCUUUUAUUUAUCAGAUUUGUUUACUUCGACACCCUUGGAUGCCACCUACUUGGUGAAAAAGGGACUCCGAUCUUUUGGACUGUGAAGUUUCCAGUGUGAUGUGAUGUGAUGAAGCGGAGAUGUACCCACACGCCCCAGACUGGGAUGCAGCCAAUGAGAACGCUGUACCACACGCCCCAGACUGGGAUGCAGCCAAUGAGAACGCUAUGCAAUGAAGUUGCACAGAAAGUCAGGUUCUUUUUAAUUCGCUUUGAUGUUGGACGACCACGUAUGGUUUAAAGAAAAAUAAACUAAAAAAACGUUUACAGGAUGACUGGCGGACGCAGUGAGGUUUCAUGUGGUUGUGGAAGUUUUGAGAAGCAGGUCGUCAAGACAUUUCACCCCUUUUGGCUUGAAUGGUUUAUUUUCUGCAGUGGGCCUGAGGUCUUAUUUGUUGCUCUUUAAUUGACACAUGCUGCCAUUGCGAUUGGGUCAGAUGUGCCGUCAGGUGAUUGUGGUCUGAUCCCUGUGCUGCUUUUUCCUCGUAGUUAAAGGCCUAUCACAUAUUUUAAUGAAUGGACCAUCCACACUGGUUCAGAUGACCAGUAUGAGGCGUCCCCAGUUCAUCAGUACCCAUGCUAAAGUUGGCUCACAGGUCCAAACUGCCCUACUUUCUCAGCGGUGUUUCCAGUUGAGCUGAGGUCCUCAGCAGGUCUUGAGGAGCCUGACUUCUCUCUCUCUUAUGAGCGUGAAGCAGCUUCUGUAUGCCUUUCCUGGGGAACUAGGAGCCCCAUGACUGUCCUCAGUCUGAAUACUAACCAAAUCAAACGACACAGCUGCCUGAAAAAAAUAAAUAAGGACGCCAUUUUCUUUUACCUGUGUGCCUUAAUUAUUUAUCCAGUAGUUAACCUGGGUGUCAUUUCCUUACUGUGAUGCUGUUGAAUUUGUUUAACGCUGGUUUGUUCCCCUUAUCAAUAUUUGUUAAUAAAGUAAAACAUUUCAGGUCCCACAUUUUGGGCAGUGUUGCCACAUGGUAUGACUAUAUUUCUGAUAGCUAACACUUUGCCCAUCCUUUUUUGGCUUAUACCCAUGGUCAAAGAAAUAUUAAAUGCACCGUUUUACUUCCAGUUGAUUAUCAAUUACAAAACAAAAACAGUUAAUGGACUCCCAUUUACUGUAUGAGGAAACACUUAACUGACUUAGCAAGCUGGUCUUAAAUGUGUUGCAUAAAACUGUAUCAAGCAGCGUAAUUGGACAGACUUAACGGCCAUGCGAUUGAACGGUCCGUCGGCCCCUUUAAGAAGGUCUGGAGUGCAGUGAAAGUCUGUAUCCACAGGGAGCUGAAGGGCUUGUGGGCCGCGCUGCUCGUUUCCUGUUUAACCAUGUGCACAGGGGUAAUCAGAAUAGUUCUUGAAACUGAGCACAAAAGGGAAAAUGUGCCCAGGAAGGCUUUGACUGGAAGCUCAGUUUAAUGGAAAUCAUAGGAUUUUUAUGUUCCAGUUGCUGGUGUUGUUGACUUGCGUUGGGCUAUUUUGAUGAUGGCAAAUAACACUAAAUAAUGGGGAAAACAACUAUUUUUAGAUACUCCCUCUGUUUACUCUGCCCCAAACUUCGGUUUAGAUGGCUUGCUAUUCCUAUAUUUUGUGUGCGGUACUAGCGCCCCCCCCCCCUUAGUGUCCACUGAAAUUUCCAUGGAUGCUGCCUGUUACCUGGGAAUAUCUGAAUGUUAAAGCUUAAUAGCUCUCUGUAGUGUUUAUUAAUGUAAACUCAAAUCCCUACAUGUACCACUGUUCACCAUUGCAGUGUGAAUCAAUGGCAUGUCACUGAAACACCCUUGCAGCGACCAACAUGUGUAUCAUACCUUUUAAGAACUGAUAAUACUAACUAUUGACAACAUUAACAUGCCUAUACCUACUUAAGGUAUUUAAAUGCACCUUGCAACAUAUUACAGAUUCUUAAAAUUGUCAAGAAAAGCAGUAAUUUGGUUAUUUUCAGUGUUGGUUGUAUGUCUGAGACAGAUUGAAAGUUGCUCUGCAUUUUGGGAACCAUAGUCAUCCUCAAGUGGGAAGUCAUUUGAUUAGCAAGUAUAAUUAAUUUAGCAAAAAUUUAGUCAAGCUGUGCUAAGGGCUUGAAAACAAUUGUGCAGAUCCAUGCAUUUGUCAGCAAAACAGCAUGAACUCUGUGGUAAGUGAUGGUUGAAAAAGUUGUUUUUGAAUAUUAGAAGGUGUGAGCUUUUCUUAAAUUGCUUGGUUUACAGUUAUGCACUUGAUUUGGAGUCUCGUUUUCUGGUUCUACCUCACAUUUGCCAGGCUCUCCUUGAGAACCUCAUUUAUGCCAUUGGUUGAUGUCCUGGGUUCUCUCUUGGCAAGAGUAAUAUUCGGCGUGUAGACUUUUUAAAAUGUUGCUAGUUGACUAUUGAUAGGCUAACUUUACAAAUAAAGGUAUCUUUCCAGUUUGGUCUGACUUGAUAGACUGGUGUUCCCUAAGGGUUCCAGGAUUCUCCAGGCUGCUGAUCUGAAUUGUGCUUUAAUCUCUGGCGUGAAACCAGUUUGUUGUUGUCCAUGUUCUCUCUGACACUAUUAACACUGCUAUUCAUGUGUGUGUGUGUGGGGGGGGGGGUAAAUGGGCUGAAUAUGAUUAUAGUAAAUGGUUGAGUCUCAUAUUCUACAGUGAGCAGGUUCAAUAAGUUGUGUUUUACAGCUGUAUCUUCUACACCCACCCUUUUAUAUGACUACGAGCAAGCAAAUUGUGACCUGUUUACCCCCCCCAGAAACUUCAACGAUGCAUUUUAAAGAUCAAGCUUUCGACUGGAGUCAUGCCAGCAACUUAAAAUGGACCAUUUGCUUUUUGGAUACUCAGGCUUUUCGAACAGCAUAGCUUUACAUUUUGAAGUUUAACAUUUUUAAGCUGGAGCCUAAACUGAAAAUGCAAAGUUAUAGGCUUCUUCACCACGCCCAACCCCCCCACCCCCCCCAAAAAAGUAAAUAAAUAAGGUCUGCACGUUGUUACCUGCAACUGCAGUGAUUUAUUGCGCUUGGCUCAGUCUUAUUCCUCGGGUGUUGGCGUUGCAUUUCCUACAAGAGCAAUAUGUCUGUCUUGGAUUUCAAUCUGUGCUUUAUUACGGGGACCAGUACUUACAACUGGAAAGGUUGAUACGAUCCCACCUUCCACCUCCCCUGCCCUAAAUUGAAUGUGUCUCCAAUUAGGCGGGUUAGAGUGGUUGUGUCUUGUGGCUUUGACUAGUUUGCUCUGGUUGAGGAUGGUAUUGAUGUGACUGGAAGUGAGUGUUUUUUUUUUAAUACCGUAACUUUCUUUGGUUCCUCACCUAUGACCAGACCUUUCCAUGUUUGUGAGACCCAGAGCGCACUGCUGUCUUUCUGGGUCUGUGGCACGUACACGGUUGUAUUGUAUAACUACACGCCUACAUGUACUUGCUGAUAUCCCGUGAGUGAUCAGAUGGUUUUCUUUAGUAUUUAUUUUCUUCCCUGUAUUAUCUCUCUGGUUCAACUUGAUGAUUUGUACAUUGUUCUAUGCAAGCAUCUCACUGAAAACACUGUGCUGAGAACCACGUGAUGUCAUGCCUGCUCCUUUCUCAGAGUAGACUGGAGGAGCAAAGUGAAUCUUUUUGUUUUAUUUGUUUUCUGUUUAUUGUAUUAAAUUGUUCUUGGCUAUAGUGCUAAUGGGGAGCCAUUAGGAGGUUUAGAGAAUGACCAAUUUGUAAAUAUGUUGGAACAAGUUGUUUCUUGAAAUAAAUGAAGUAAAAUAAAUAA